UUUUCAGGUUAUUUCGUGAGAGAAAAUUAGGCAAAAUAGCGGUUUGUUUACAAACCGCGAUGCGUGGCCUGACGUUCAGCGUGCUUCGACGGUGCCGCACUGGCCUGUGGCGUCCGGCAGCGCGCGCGCUAUGCUCGCAGCCUAAGCCUGCAGCCGGUGCCCUGCCUGACCCAAAGCUAAUUGAGGUGCACUCAUCAUGGCCAUCGGAUGAGCAACCAGAGCUCCGAGCGGCGACCAUUCAGGGCAUGCAAGUCUUGCCAGACUUUGUCACAGAGGCGGAGGAGGGAAUGUUGCUUGCCGAGCUGGAACCCAUGCUCAAGCGGAUCAGAUAUGAGUUCGACCAUUGGGAUAAUGCGAUCAUAGGCUUCCGCGAAACAGAACGUAGAUCAUGGACCCCGACCAACGAAGCUAUCAUCUCGCGAAUACGCAGCGUUUUCCCGCGAACUGGGAUGGACUCGGAACUACUACCCGCUGCUCAUGUGCUGGACUUGGCCGCGGCGGGACAUAUCAAGCCUCAUAUUGACGCGGUUCGGUUCUGCGGUGGGAUGAUAGCGGGUCUGUGCCUCCUGUCUGAUGCCGUGAUGCGCCUGCAGCACGAGACCCACAAGCAUCUCGGUCUGGACGCCUUGCUGCAACGCCGGGCGCUGUAUAUCAUGAGUGGCGUGUCUCGCUACGAAUACACGCACGCAGUCCUAGGAGGCGAGGAGAGUGUCUGGCGCGGCGAGAAGUUACCGCGACGUAGGCGAGUAGCCGUCAUACUGCGGAGCCAGCCCAGACCAGACCGGAACUGACGACCCUAGCCUUCACGACAUGACUGUCGA